CCUCCCGGCUGUGCGGCCGCCCUUCGGACUCUCGGCAGGUCCCUCCCGUCGAGUGAGCUGAGGCGGCUGAGGGAGCGCCGCAGGCCCAGCGCCGGCCAUGUCGAGGAGUGGCGGCACGGAGGGCGGGCGGUCCGCCAGGUCUUUGCCGUCCCAUGGGGCCAGCCGGGGCUCCCCGCUGCCGCCUCCCCCACUACCCCUGCAGCCCCCUUUCGGUCCCGACGUCCACCCUGUGGCGGGCAGCCCCGGCCCCAGCGGGCCGGCCGAGCUCAAGCCGGUCCGGCGGUUUAUCCCGGACUCGUGGAAGAACUUCUUCAAGGGGAGACGUAACCACGGCUCCAGCUGGGACAGCACGGCCUCCGACAUCAGGUACGUGUCGGAGGGGAUCGAAUGCUCGCCGCCGGCCUCCCCGCGCCCUCUGCGGCCGCAGCCCCGUUCGGUGCCCGGCUCUUACAACGAUCCGUACGGCGGGUCGGGCGGGAGCUACAACUCGCGGAAGGAGGCAGAGGCCAUGCUGCCCGGGGAGCCCUUGGGCUCGCUGGAGCGUGGCGCUGCCACCGGCCGGACGUACAGCGAGCGGGCGGAGGACUACCACCGCCGGUACGGCUACAUGAAGUCCUGGGCCGGUCUACUCCGGCUGCUUGGCGCGGCCGAGCUACUGCUGGGUGCUGCCGUCUUCGCCUGUGUCACGGCCUACAUUCACAAGGACAACGAGUGGUACAACAUGUUCGGGUAUGCGCAGCCCUACGCCUACGGGGCGGGCAGUGCCUACGGAGGGUACUCCUACAGCGGGCCUAAAACGCCCUUCGUCUUGGUGGCAGCAGGGACGUCUUGGGUGAUCACCAUCGUGCUGCUGGCGCUGGGCAUGUCCAUGUACUAUCGGACUAUCCUCCUUGACUCCAACUGGUGGCCCCUCACCGAGUUUGGGAUUAACCUGGCGAUGUUCCUUCUGUACAUGUCGGCUGCCAUCGUGUACGUCAACGAUACCAACCGAGGCGGCCUUUGCUAUUACCAGUUGUUUAAGACGCCAAUAAAUGCGUCAUUUUGCCGUGUGGAGGGAGGUCAGACAGCAGCCAUCAUCUUCUUGUUUGUCACGGUGAUCGUCUACCUAAUCAGUGCGGUGGUUUCUCUGAAGUUGUGGAGGCAUGAGGAGGCCAGGAAGCACAGGGAAUUGAUGGAACAGGAGAUGAAAACACAGACCUCUUUUCCAGAAAAGAAGCAGUAUGAUAUCGAUGACGGACCAAGAGAAGAGGUUACUUACAGGCAGCUUAAGUCAGAAGAGAGAAAACCAGAACUACUUAAUGGUCAUAUACCUGCAGGCCACAUUCCUAAACCCAUUGUGAUGCCGGACUACUUAGCGAAAUACCCAGCAAUUCAAACAAAUGAAAUGCGAGACAGGUACAAAGCAGUAUUCAAUGAUCAGUUUGCCGAGUAUAAAGAAUUGUCUGUGGAAGUUCAUGCUGUAUUAAAAAAGUUUGAUGAGCUGGAUGCAUUGCUGAGACAGCUUCCUCACCAUCCUGAAAGUCUGUAUGAACAGGAGAGGAUAUCAAAAGUUCUGCUGGAAUACAAGAAAAAGAAAAAUGAUCCUGCAUUUCUGGAGAAAAAGGAGCGUUGUGAAUACCUAAAGAAUAAGCUUUCUCACAUAAAACAACGAAUUCAGGACUAUGAUAAAAUUAUGAAUUGGAACGUAGAAACUUAGCUGUACCUUCAGAUUGUGGAUGCUAUUUUCUGUUUUUUUAAAUUGAUUACACAUAUUUUAAACUAUUUAUUUGCUCUCAGAACAGAACACAUACGGGGAUUCCUCAAUCACUUUGUCAUUUACAUGUUGUACGUUAUUGGUAGGUUUCUUAUUCAGAUCCAGUUUAAAUCAAUGUAAUCAGAGAAAUUUGGAAAGCCUUUGUUAACUUGCUGCUUUUUUUAAGCACUACAUAGCUUGGUCUCUUAAAUACUUUAUUUGAUAACACUGCAUUUGGUAACUUCCAGAGAAAGCAGUUCUAAAUGCCAUGUCAGAUGCCUGCACAGAAAUGCUGUUAACAAUUUCAUAUUCUGUUUAUGGAUCACAUCUGAAUGAUGUGGGAAAGAGUUGAGCUGUUCUUUCUAGAUGAAGUUUAGUGGCAUGAUUGUCAUAGAAUCAACGAGCUUGGAAGAGACCUCCAAGAUCAUCCAGUCCAACCUAUCCCCCAGCCCUAGCCUAUCAACUAGAGCAUGUCGCAUAGUGCCUCAUCCAGUCUUUUCUUGAACACCUUCAGAGAUGGCGACUCCACCCCCUCCCUGGGCAGCCAGUUCCAGUGACAAAUCACUGUCUGGGAGGAACUUCCUCCUAACAUCCAGCCUACUGAAUAAUUUUGGCAAGUCAGAAAUGUACUUAGCAAGGCUUUCAUGUAUUGUAUUUCCAAAUGCCUGGCUGUAUGUCAGAAAUCACCUGUAAUUUUGUCCAACAAGACACAAAAUAACUUCCUCUUUAAACAGCUAUAGUUGA